GUACUGAGAUUCUCAGCUUACUUCGCAACCCCCCAGUCAUGACGUCGUUGUCGGUGCUUCAGUCAACCGUCAUGAAUUUGGCCACAGAUGACAAGAAUAAAGAAACAAUGUUCACAGGCGGAUGGAAGCUUCAGCCAACUUUCCUUCGAAUCUGUCCUGCCAGCUACUCAAUUUUUCGCAGCGCUGAAGCCGAUUGAAGUGGUGAAUUCAACGAAGAACUGUCUCAGUCGCUGCCACUUACACAGUGAAGCCUCAAGUUAGCCCGCCAUGUCUCUCGCCCGACAUGUAGACCCGGAGGAUAUCAUCCACCACCUCCAGGCUCAUCAUAUUACUCCGAAGCAGCCGUCCAGCGGCAAUAGCGGCGGACAGAGCGCUCACCUCACCCCUUUCUCAACUCCAUACGCCAGCCAGCGGGAGAUUCCGAAGUAUCGGAUCCCACAGGAUGGCGCCCCUGGAGAUACCGUCUACGAGAUGCUCAAGGACGAGCUAGACCUCGAUGGCCGACCGAACCUCAACUUGGCUAGUUUUGUAGACACUUACCUCGAAGAAAAUGCGCAAAAACUCAUGGUCGAGAACAUGGGAAAGAACCUUGCUGACAAUGACGAGUACCCAGCCCUUGUGUCCUUGAGCAACCGCUGUGUCAGCAUCCUCGCCCACCUGUGGGGCGUCCAGAAGGGGGAGAAGGCGGUGGGAUCGCCCACCGUUGGCUCCUCCGAGGCCAUCCACCUCGGCGGCCUUGCCAUGAAACGCCGUUGGCAAGCCCGCAGACGCGCAGAGGGCAAGGACACUCUCCGCCCUAACAUCAUCAUGGGCGCCAAUGCCCAGGUCGCCCUUGAGAAGUUUGCCCGCUACUUUGAGGUUGAGGCAAGGAUUCUCCCGGUGAGCAAGGAGAGCAAUUACUGCCUGGAUCCGCGGCUGGUCAAGGAGAACGUGGAUGAGAACACGAUUGGUGUGUUUGUUAUCAUGGGGAGCACCUACACGGGACACUUUGAGCCGGUGGAGGAGGUGUCGAAAGUACUGGACGAGGUGGAAAAGGAGACGGGGGUGAGCGUGCCGAUUCAUGUGGAUGCGGCGAGCGGGGGGUUCGUGGCGCCGUUUACCUACGCUGGCGCUGGAGGACCCAAGUGGAACUUUGAACUUCCACGAGUCCACUCCAUCAAUACCUCAGGGCACAAAUACGGCCUCGUAGCCCCCGGUCUGGGCUGGAUCAUUUGGCGGGACCAGUCGUACCUGCCCAAGGAACUGAUCUUUGAACUGCACUACCUGGGAGGCACCGAGGAGUCGUACACGCUCAACUUCUCCCGCCCCGGCGCCCAGGUCGUGGUGCAGUACUACAACCUGAUCCACCUGGGCUUUGCCGGCUACCGCGAGGUCAUGGAGAACUGUCUUGCCAACGCGCGGAUCCUGUCCAAAUCCCUCGAGGCCACGGGCUGGUACACGUGUCUCAGCGACAUCCACCGCCCCCGCGACAACAACAUCAAGUUCAACAACCCACGCCAGCCAUCAUCGUCAUCAGCCGCCGUGCCCCACGAAGACGACGACAACGACUACGAAGCCGAGACCGAAACCUCGGCGUCGUACACGCCGGGCCUGCCCGUGGUCGCCUUCCGGCUGAGCGACGAGUUCCAAGCGCAGUACCCGCACGUCAAGCAGGAGACCAUCUCGCUGCUGCUGCGCGCCCGGCAGUGGAUUAUACCCAACUAUGCCUUGCCGCCCGGAGAGGCGAGCACCGAGAUCCUGCGUGUCGUGGUCCGCGAGAGCAUGAGCUUCGACCUGCUCGACCGGCUCGUCACCGACAUUGUGCAGGUGACCGAGACGCUGAUGGAGAACGAGGAGCAGGACCUGGGCAUUCUGACCCGGCAGCGCAAGGGGCCUGUUGUGGCUACUGAUGGGAAGAAGGGUAGAGGUGAGGGCAAGGGUGGAGAGGCUACGAAAGAAAAAGGGGAACAACGACCGGGGAAAGCGGACGGGGUCGGUGAGAAAGUCAAGGGGUUGGGCAAGGAGGCCAAGAAGCGGAUGGAGGAUGGCAUACAUCGGUCGGUGUGCUGAUUUCACCGGUUGAGGAGAGGAAAGUGCGUUCACGAU